AUGGUGCAGGAGAAGGAGCUGGGAGUUCCACAUCCAGAUCAGUUCUACAUGUCUCCUUCCAGACAGCAGGAAGAAACUAUAGCUAUUUUAUGUGACUCUCUCUUCUUCCUACUUUCUCCAGGACUCUGGGGCCUGGUCAACAACGCGGGCAUCUUCAUCACCUCAAGUCCCAAUGAGUGGCUGAACAAGCAGGACUUUGCAAGGAUACUGGAUGUGAACCUGUUGGGCAUGAUCGAGGUGACCCUGAGCAUGCUGCCUUUAGUGAGGAAGGCAAGGGGCCGUGUGGUCAACGUCUCCAGCGUUAUGGGCCGACUGUCUCUCUUUGGUGGUGGUUAUUGCAUCUCCAAGUAUGGUGUAGAGGCCUUCUCAGACUCUCUCAGGAGGGAGCUCUCCUAUUUUGGGGUGAAGGUGGCUAUUAUAGAGCCUGGUGUCUUCAAGACUGAUAUAACCAAUCGUGACAGGUUAUCAUCAAAUAUGAAGAUGGCGUGGGACCAGGCCAGCUCAGAGGUCAAAGAGAUCUAUGGCGAGAAGUUUCUGGCCUCAAAACUGCCAAAUGUAAAGUCAUUGGGCCAAAAGUGCAAUGAGGACCUCUCCUUGGUGACGGACUGCAUGGAGCACGCGCUGACUUCCUGUCACCCUCGCACUCGAUACUCAGCUGGUUGGGAUGCCAAGCUCUUCUACCUCCCCGUGAGCUACCUGCCCACCUUUCUUGUGGAUGCCAUGGUCUACUGGAUCUCCGUCAAGCCUGACAAAGCUCUGUGAAGCCUACAUCUGUUUCUGUAGUUGGGGGUAUGUGAGUGUAGUGUGAGGGAGCAGAUCCUCAGAAGGAAGGAGAUUCCUGGGAUCAGUACAACCUUUUCAUUGGGAGGGGCAUCCACAGGUGCCUGUUUUCUUUCCUUGGUAUGAACAUAGUGGACAUAGAGCCACAGGGAAAACUACAAUGUAUAAACAGUGAUUUUGAUCUUGGAUGAAAAUAGAAAGUGAACUUCCAUGUC